GAACGUUUAGUACUGUGGAACAGUCGGGUGGCUGAGAACGUGAAAAGUUGGUUUAUUUCAGUUCCUUCUUCAAUUGCCAGUGAGCCAGACGAUUAAAUUGAAAAGGGGGGAAAUGGCGCAAACUGUUAAUAGAACGUGUGGAGGAUUGAAAUUAUGCUAUAAAUUUGAACAGAUCAGUGAAAAUAACAAAUUUUAAAAAGAUUCAGAGUGAUUUCGAAGUGCCCCGUUGAAAGGGGGUAAUUAAUAAACAAGAGUAAAGUGAAGAAGAAAUGUUGUGUAAAGCCGAAAUGAGCAUCGAUUGAAAUGGAUAGAUGAGGAAAGAAAUAUGAAUGAAAAACCGAAUGUGUUGAGUGAAGAAAAUUGGUAAAGCGACGAUUAUGAGUUCAUAAAAAGUGUUAAAGCAAAAGUUGAAGUAAUAUAUUUAAAGUAUAAAAAUGAAUAAUAGGAAAUUGAGAAAAUUAAAUGUGUAAAGUGUAAAACAAAAAUUGUUUAAAUGUAUUGAACCGAAGAGUGGUAUGCGAUGGAAGAGAAAAAAAGGCGAAAAGUGCAAAACGUAUGUGAGAAGAAUGCAAACGUUGAAAAGAUUACGAGCCUGAAGAAACAACAAAAAUAAAAACAACUAGUAGCAGUAAAACGAAAAAAAAAAAACAAAAACCAGCGAAGCAGAUCCUCAAUAUCAUCACCACAAAUCACUCGAUUUCAUAAACUAGUAAAUAACAUCCCUGCACACAAAUACACACACACGCAUAAUUGAGGAAAAAUAACUAGAUACAUACAAAAACAUUUAUAUCGUAAGGAAAAUGAAAUAAAAUUAAAAAAAAAAAAAUAGUUUUUAAAAGUGUUAUAAGUAAAAAGUUAGAAAAAGUACAAAUUACAACGAUAAGUUCAUCAAAACAACAGUAACAAUAUAAGAAAAAAGCAACAAACAACAAGCGAUCGACAGCGAUCAUAUGAUCAGAAACGAAAGCAUCAGAGCUGUAGUUCACCAAUACGGCCUUGUGAGAGCGCAAGAGAGCGUGUGCGCGCCAUUUCCACCAGUCUAACGGCAGCGUAAAUGCACCAGUGCUGCAACAACAACGAGCACUUCGUCUGGCCCUGAGCAAUUUCGGAGCAAAUCUAUGCGGAUGCUACAAAUUGCAACCUCUACGCGCUAAUUAACCUGCACCCGUAAGCGCUCCCGAUAACAUUCUAGCGCCGUGUGUCGCUUAAAAAUAACAACAACAAUAACUGGAACGCUUGCAUUUUGUUGCCACGCUGUUUGCACGCCGACAACAUUAUUGUCUCUUCGGCGGUGUUGGUGGCGGUGUGUCGUCGGUAUUGUCGUUGGUGUUAGUUGUCGUAGACGGUGCAGAAGGUGUUGGCAAGUUGGCAGGCAGUUCAUAACGUGAGUGGUUCAAUUAAGUUCAGGCACCGUCGACGGACACACGCUCAUCGCUGUACCAACGCACCCGUACGCCCGCACGCCCAAGAGUCCAACCGCCCUCUCGUAUCACACACACAUACAAACAUUCUCAUCUACAACGCAUCAAUAUAAUAAAAUUCAACAACAACAACAACCAAAAAUAGCAACAAAAUCAUCAUCAUAACAACAACCACUACUACUACUGCCCAUUGGCUGGCUGUGCGUAAAUAAAGCGGCGGCCGCCAACGACCACAACAUUGCAGCGUUCGAAAGUUACGCAAUAUGGCAACACCGCAAGUCAAGGAUCUGGUGUUGCGUUCUCCUGCUGGCUCCUCCGAAGUCAUCACCUUCGCUUGGCCCCUACAAGUUGGCAGCGGCCAGGACAAACACGAUAAUGGCAUCGACAUUAUCGACACGAUCAAAUUCGUAUGCGAAGAAUUGCCGAGCAUCUCAUCCGCAUUCGAAGAGAUUAAUCUCAACCACAUUGACACUGCCUGCUACAAGACUAUGACAAAUCUUGUCGAUCGAUUCAACAAGGCUGUUGACAGUAUUGUUGCAUUGGAAAAAGGAACUUCACUGCCCGCUGAGCGUCUUAAUAAAUUCGCUCAUCCCAGCUUACUCAGACAUAUACUGCAAUUAGUCUAUAAUGCUGCCGUACUCGAUCCAGAUAAACUCAAUAAUUACGAACCAUUCUCGCCCGAAGUCUAUGGCGAAACCUCAUACGAACUCGUACAACAGAUGAUCAAGCAUGUACAUGUGACAAACGAUGAUACAUUCAUUGAUCUCGGCUCCGGUGUGGGUCAGGUGGUAUUACAAAUGGCCGGAUCGUUUCCGCUCAAAGCAUGCGUGGGUAUUGAAAAAGCCGAUACGCCAGCUCGUUAUGCCGAACGCAUGGAUAUGUUUUUUCGUCAAUUUAUGGCGUGGUUUGGUAAACGCUAUUGCGAUUACAAGUUGAUUAAAGGCGAUUUUUUGGUCGAUGAACAUCGUGAGAAAAUUACCUCAUCGUCGCUGGUGUUUGUAAAUAAUUUUGCAUUCGGGCCGAAUGUGGAUCAUCAGUUGAAGGAACGUUUUGCCGAUUUGCGUGACGGUGCACGCAUAGUGUCGUCGAAAUCGUUUUGUCCGCUGAAUUUCCGCAUUACCGAUAGAAACCUCAGCGAUAUCGGCACAAUAAUGCAUGUGAGCGAAAUACCACCACUCAAGGGUUCGGUCUCGUGGACCUGUAAACCAGUAUCGUACUAUUUGCAUACGAUCGAUCGUACGAUAUUGGAGCGUUAUUUUCAACGCUUGAAAACACAAAAAGGUGCUGAAAACGAUCAUGUUGGCUCCACACGCACCACACGCGAUCGUGCCAAACGUGAGGCAAAUAAUAACGCGCUCAAUAAUCACCACCACCAUCAUCAUCAUAACAACAACAGCAACACCCAUUCAAACUCCUCCGCCGCCAAUUCGUCGUCCUCGUACGCGACCAACAACAACAGUAGUAAUAGCACGCAACGCACUAACUCGCCGGCGGCGCAUGUCAACAACAACAGUCAACAUCAGUCAAACACAACAGCAACCACAACGACGACGUCGACUGCAACGUCGAAAAGUACGAGGAACCAGCAACGCGAGCAGCAGCAAGCGCAACGCAACAACUUGGACAUGGACACAUCGACGGAGAGCGAAGGUGAAGGCGACGUGGCGAAUGGCAGCGCAACCGGUGGCACCGCCAACGGACCGACCACACGCAAAAUCUGGUCCGACUGGUGCAGCAGCUCGAAGGGCAAGUCGUCGCAAUCCGAUGAUGAGGAGAAUAAUAAUAACUUUAGAAAUACCGUCACGACGACGGCGCGUAAUGCACGCGCCGUUACGCAGAAGAAGCGUAAAAAGCUUACGCGCAAAGCGGCAAUCGCUAGCAAAAGUGCAGCUGCAGCGGCGGCUCAACGUGAAGCGGCAGCUGCGGCACGUGAGGCAGCAGCAGCACAGGAAGCCGCUAUGGCUGCCGCUGCGGCUAACAGCAAGGACUCCUCAUCUAAGGAGGAUGGCGGCGCUGGCAGUGGUGGUGGCGGCGCACGCGGUCGCAAAGGCCGCAUGAAGAAGGGUGCACGCGGACGCAAAUCGUUGAAGAUCGCUGGUUUGGAUGUGCUGCACAAGCAGACGUUGUUGAGCACUUCACACGAGGUGUUGAGCAAAAAAUUGCCAGCGGCGCCGGGCUGUGUGGAUCAACAGUUAACGUCGCUGCUGACGCGCAAUAUGUCACACACGGAGCUGGAAAUACCAGAGGCGCCGCAGGAUACACCUUACGCAUUGCAAAUUUUAUUGGACGUCUUCCGUACCCAAUACAUGGCCAUGAUCGAGCAGAUGAAGGCGAAAUCCUUUGUGCCAAACAUAAAGCGUCAAAUACAGCUGGAGCAGGAACGCAAGCAACGCAUUAAGAAUCGCGCCAGUCAGCUGGACAAGCAGAUCAAGGUACUGAUCGAUGAUAGUGUCAUGCUGCUGAAGGCUCGCAUGAACGAGUUGGGCAUCAAUGUCACAUCUCCCAACGAUCUGAUCACCAAGGCGAAAGAGAUUGUGGGCCGUCAUAAGGAAUUACAAGGUAUAGCAAAGAAGAUACAGUCGCAGGUGACCACCUGUGAAUUAGAGCAGAAACGUCUAUUGAAGAAGCACCUACAUCAUUUACCGGAAUAUCAAAAGACCUGCGGCAAUAAUGGACGCACCAAGCUUGAGUUGCCAAAUAGUGGCACCGCGAUUGAUCUGAGCGAAACCGCCGCGCACGAAUUGGUGCUGAAGGAGAUCGCCAAUACGUUGGCGCAACGCAAAAAGUUGUACGCGCAAGUGUCGAGUAUUGAGAAGGAAGCGGCGCUCUUGGAGAAAGCCGCCGAAGAACGACGCACUGCAGCAGCGCUACUUGCUCAAGGCACCAAUAUGACACUGACUAACCCCGCAGCUGUACCAAAUAGUGCGCCGGCCAUGAUGCCCGCCACGUUGAUACCAGCUGGUGCCACACAACCGCUGCAGUUGACGACGUCAGCAAAUGGUGCAGCGGCGUGCACUAAUGCGGUAUCAAAUAGCGCGCCCACAACGCCAAGCAAAACAGCGGCACACGCAUCGAAGACACCGCGUCGCAGUCGCGAUCAUCGUACGCGUUCGCAGGAGUGGCCCGAUGUACCGGACGUAGGCAAAAUAGAGGAAAGUAAUCCAGAGGUAUUGGCACAAAAGAUACUGGAGACAGGUCGUCAGAUCGAGGCAGGUAAAUUCUCAGCUGCGACUGGUGCAGGAAAUGCAUAUAAUAACGCAAUGGCUGGCACUGGCGUUGUCAGUGGUAAACAAUUGACUCUGCCGCCAACUGCCCAUUACCAACAUCACAAUAACAACAGUAUGGCACAAUAUCAUGAAGAGGUGGUGCCGGUCCUGGUGCCGUCGAAAAAGAAACAGCAUGCGCGCAGCUCGAGUAGCGAACACCAACCGUCGGUGUCCAUUUAUGUGGCCGAUAGUAAUCUGAUGCCGGCACCUAUAGCGGCCAGUAAGCAACAGUCGCAACAGCAACCAUCUCCCGUCAAUGGUAACGGUUUACGCAGUGCUGUCGGAUUACUGCCGAAAUGCGAAUUGCCUGGCGCUCGCAAGUCUGCAAUAUCUGCUGCCGCUGCCGGCGGCAUACAGGAAUCACCCAAAGUGGCCAACUUCGAGGAUCGCCUUAAGAGUAUCAUAACCUCUGCGUUGAAUGAGGAUCAAGAGCAUCGCAAAGCUGCCGCGCAUCAUUUGCCCGGUUCAUCAGCUGGUCACAUGCACGACCUAAGCGUGCACUCAUCAACACCGUCGUCAGUGACGCAACAAUUGGGAUCGCUUCAAUCAUCGCCGGCGCCAAAACGCAGCAAAAACUCAGCGUCAGCUGCCACAGCGGCCCCCAUGAACAACAUAAACCAGCAGGCACAUCCACACCAGCAAAUACAAAUGCAUCACCAACAGCACCCACACCACACUCAUUUGCCGCCGCUGCCAUCACAGGCCAUGCCGCCAAACAAUCUGAGCAACCUCAUCACCGUUGCUACUCAGGGGCCAACACAUUUGAAUGCUACCACCACCAUAUCACCGAUAACACCACCACCGUCCAUUGGCAACAGCCAGUAUGGCGGCAACGGCGUGGGCACCGGAAAAUAUGGUGGCGGCAAGCAACAGUCUUCCGCUGCGUCAGGCAGCCAUAAAGGUAUCGCUGCCAAGUACCAGCAACAGCAGCAUAAUGCUCACCUACAGCAGCAACAACAACAACAACACAUGUCACACUUACACCAGCAACAACAACACGCACACUUUGGCCACUCCGCGGGCGCUGGUAAUACACCAGCCGACUUGGCCUUCCAUCAUCGCCGUCGCAGCUCUGUAAGUGCUGCCAGUUUCGAACAUUACGCUGUACAACAGCAACAACAACAUCAGCAAGCAAUGAUGAUGGCCGCCGCGGCAGCUGCUGCUGGCAACGCGUCAUCACAACACCACGUCAGCGCCAAUCACCAACACCUAAUGCCACCGCUCGAAUUCAAAGCGCCCACCGUUACCGCUGAAAAUCUCAUAUUGAAUGCAUCGCAACGUUCCAAUAGUCGUGAACAACUCGCGGAGGAAGUGGUGGUCGCACCACGUUCCAGCUCGGCCAACUCCGACUCGGCCAUUAUGUACUACCCACCGACGCGCGAUCGCCUUAUGUCGCUUGAGCGCAGCAAUAGUCGCGAAUCAGCGGUUUCACAACCGCUGCCGCCACAUCAUACAAACAGUGGCAGUGGCGGCAGCAGCGGUCAACAAACGUUACCGCAACCCAGCCGGCCAAGCUCAAACUCCUCACAGCCAGAUUACACACAAGUGUCGCCGGCAAAGAUGGCGCUACGCCGUCACCUCUCACAAGAGAAACUGAAUCAACAAAUGCCGCCUGCCGGCGCUAUGUCCGGCCUACCGCUGUCCACAAAAACCAUUGGCGAUCUGGUGAAUGGUGAAAUUGAGCGCACACUUGAAAUAUCGCAUCAGAGCAUUAUAAAUGCGGCGGUGAAUAUGAGCACAGUUGGUGCGCCGCCGCCCAUUACAGGCGCUACCAACGCUGUCGGUGCCAACAAUUAUAUGGACCGUUCGGCGCACGACCGUUUGCUAAUAAAUCCGAACGCACAACGUCCUGAGCGUGUGCACGUGCGUGUGUUCGAUGAGCAAACGCCAACCGCCCAUGUGCAAGGCAACGCUGUCGACGUGUCGCCACGCACUAUUGGCGUUGGCAGCGGUCGCAAGUCGCCGCCGCUGACGCCAACGCAGUCCACACACAAUCUGUCUACACUGCAACAUGUCGCAUACAAUCACAAGAUAGCGACUGGCAGCACAGCAGCGACGACAGCUCCGCCGAAUGGUGGUCGUGCCAAUAAUAGUAACAAUAGCGGUGGUUACAAUGCGCCGCGUGAUCUGGCGAACUCCUCACUCUAUCAGCAAAUGGCGAUGAGUAGCGGCGGUAGCAAUGGUAGAGAAGCGUCGACUGGCCGUCAUGCUGCUAGCGGUAAUGUUGGCGGUGCAGUUAGCGGCUCUCGUGGUCGCGACUAUCAGCCGGUUAGCUUGCCACGCGCCGAAAUGAAGGGUUGUAUCGAAGCCUACUUCAAUGAUGAGCACCAUCAUCAGCAACAGCAGCAGCAACAACAACAACACCAACAGCAGCAGCCGCAUCACAAUCACCAAACACACUCGCAUAAAGCAGGCGGCAAGGAGCGCAACAGUGGACGCGGCAAUCGUUUGAACGGCAGCAAUCCCCCGUUAGAAGGCUUGGCAGCUUCACUGCAGGAUCAUGUCAUGGCCUCACGCAAAUAUAAGGAAGAACAUGAAGAGCGACAGCGGCGUGCGGCCGCAGUGUCCAGCAACAGCAGCGACAUGCAUAAUCAACACCAUCAUCAACACAACGCUCAUCAACAGCAACAACAACAAUAUGCGCAUAGUCAACAAAAUCAUUACCAAGCGCAGACAGUACAUGGCCACAACAACAACACCACGCCCAAUAAGGUGGAAAUCGGUGUGAAACGCACUUCGCCCAUGGCAAACAAUCAACAGCCACGUCCCGCUAAGAUGGCGCACUACAACAAUUCUGUGGAGCACAACCAGCAAUUGCAACAACACCAUCUAAACAACAACAAUCCAUAUGCCAAUAUGAAUGGUGUUAGCAGCAGCAGCAGCGGUAACAACAGUGGCGCCUCUCACUCACCGGCUACAGGUGCACCAACACAAUCACCACAAUCCUCACUGUCGCCAACAUGUCGACGCAACGCGAAACUACCACUCGAACCGCUGCUAAUGAGUCCGGAAAUCAAUUCGAUAAUGAGCGGUGGUGGCGCCGCUGCUGGCGGUGAGGAGCGCCCCAUGCAGCUAUCAGCAACAGCGUCGAAAAUGUCGCACCAACAUCAGCAGCAACAGCACGAACAGCAAUCACGCACAGCGACGACGCCGCACAGUACAACACCGAUUGUGGGUGGACGCGCCGGUGAUGAUGAUGAUGUCAUUGCCGACGAUGAAACACACUGGCAACAUCGUGUCAGCUCCGGCUUCGAUCGUUUGGUAGCCUUCGCCUCUACCGAAUUGGAUAAGACGCGUCGCUCGAUUGACACGGACAUAGUACCAUCGUCGGUUAGUUGCAACACCUCACCCGAUUCGGGUAUAACACAUAGCAGCAGCAGCAAUUCGGACACGGCGCGCACAUUUCUCUCCACCUCGUCGACCUCCUCGCAACUGGACAUGCCAAUGAGUAGCGGUGGCAGCAGCGCCGGCAGCACUAGCAGUUCCAGUGGUUGCAGUGUGAGUGGCGCCAGCGCAAGCUCCAGCGGCAGCGGUGCCAAUAGUUACCUGCACGGCCAUCUACAUCAUCAUCAUCAUCACGCGUUGUUGUUGCAUGCGCAUGGCAACGGCGGUAGCAAUGGUAGUGGCGGCGGCGGUCACGCUUCAUCGUCCGAUCAUCUCAGCGAUAGCAGCAUGAAAUCAACGCAUUCCGAUGUCGCCUCAAUGCCGCCAAUAACAAUGCUGAAAGCGAACUCGGCAUCACCGGUUGACGCGAGCGCCAUCGAGAGUCCGCCGCUCUCCGAUAUCGGUUUGCCGCGCACACCCAGCCCGAAUGCGGCAGUGCCGACGCCACCCUUGGCCGCCGCUAUGGCGGCAGCGCACAGCGUCACACCCACGCCGACACCGACACCGACGCCCACAUCAACACCAACACCACCGGCCGGCGCCGCCGAUCCUUAUGGUAAUAAUACACUGAAGAUACCAUUGAAAUAUCAACGCAAAUCGAAAUCGUCUUCAGAGAAGCAUUACAAGAAGAAAUUCUGCGAACGCAAUUGGGAAUACGAUUGCGAUGACUUGUUGAUGCCGUAUGCGAACAAUAAUAGUAAUGAUGCCAGCAACACCAUUGCCACUUACGGCGCGACAGCGGCCGAUGCAGCUGGCAAGGAUGUGUCUGGCGUAAUGAAAAACGGUCCCACAUCACUUGCGAAAACGAAUUGCGGCGAGACGAAGAAGCUGCUUGAAGCUAACGCCGAAAAGUCACCGAAAUAUCAACAACAGCAGCAGCAGCAGCAGAAUGCUGUCGAAGCGAACACUACCAAAUCGGCCGAAACGCUCAAUCACAACAGCAAUAACAAUAUGUCAUCAACGACAACAACGUCGGCGGCAGUGCAAAACCUUUCGCAGUAUCAUCACCAUAAGUCGUCGAAAUUUCGACCGAAGGGCAAGGAUUGGGACUGGUCCAUGGAUAGCAGCAACAGCAGCAGUAACGUGAACAUCAAUGCCAGCAGCAAUGGCGGCGUAACGAGCGGCAAUAGCAGUGGCAACAAAUGCAAAUCGGAUGUAGGCGUGGCAGCAGCAGUGCCCAUAGCCACACCCACAACAACCAAUGUUAGUUAAGUUGGAAAUGUUACUUUUUUCAAAAAUUCGCAACUUUGUUUUGAGAACAUGACACAUGUAGCCUAUUCCUAAUCGAUAGUCAGUUGCGAGCAAUUGGCAAAACACAAUAGCAAUUAAUGUUAAUUUAUAUAUUUAUUUUGUAAUUUAAUUAAGGCAAAAAUGGUUAAAUUGUAUAAUAGUUUUCGUUCUCGUUGAUUGCGUUUAAUUUUACUAUUAAGUUUAAAAAUUCGUUACAGUUACCACAUUACUUAUUUGAAUUAAGUCAACAAUUUUUUAAUCUCUGCAACAAGUUAAAAUUAACCUACCAUUUGUACAGUUUCAAGCACAGAUUUAUUGGAUGUUGUAUUUUUUAAUUUUUGAUUGUUGCAAUAGCGAAACUUCAAUUGUAAAAUAUGAAAUUGUUCAGCAGUAUUGCGAACGCAAUAUCCCUUGCUAGAUGUUGUUAGGGUUAUAUCCAUAUGUAAAUCAUCAAUUAAGUAGACGGAAGCAAGUGAAACCCAAGUGAAAUAUGUAUAAUCAGUGGUGUUGUGAAAUCCAAGACAGAUUUUCUGAAUGUCAGAAUGGCAAACCAAUUCCGAAGUUCAAUUUUUCCUUCUGAUUAGCUUUUCUCACAGUGUUUUCGCGGCAUAUGGAAAUAAAUUGAAUUGUAAUAUUCCAAAUCUGUCAGCAAUGAGUCUCAUAGUUUGAUUCCGAUAGUAAAAUCGAUAAAAUUGGUUUCCAUGACAUUGAAAUCACAUAAAAAUUCUGAUACGAACAUCAAACCAAUAAUAUCAGAACUCAUGUCAUUUAUUAUAAAUUUUUAUCGUUCUCAAUCCUGAUAUGUUAAACGUCUUCUCAAAUCAAAAAUGUAACUGAAAAUGCGGCAUAUAGCCCAGUCAAGUUCAAUUAAUUUCCCAUCAAAAUGCAGCUUCUUCUCUUCUAUUAUAACUACAUAUAUUCCAAUUUUUACAAAAUUCAUUAAAAUUUUUGCUGAUAUUUUUCGAUGGAUUCUAAAUUGCUUAACCAAAUCUCCGCUGCGAACAAGCACACUACAGAAGCUUAUGAAAAAAUUAAAGUUUGUAGGAAGAAUUAAUUGAAAACUUUUGUAUUUGAAAUGUCAAUUCAAAAACGUUUAAAUUCUACGGUAUGAGGAAUCAGUUCUUAUUUCAAAUAAAAUAUUUUCAUCUUUUGCUUUAUAUUUUUGAUAACUCGAUAUAAACAGCAAAUGAAAUAUUUUUUUAUUUAUUUUUUUCUCUAUGUUUUUUAUAUUUUUUAUUUUUUUACAUUUUUGUAUAUUUUUUCGAUAUUUUUAUAUUAUUUUUUAUAUUUUUCUUUUGUUUGUAUUUAUUUUUUUUAAAUUAUUUUCUUUUGUUAAUUUAAAUUUUUAAUAUUUUGUUCGAAUUGUGUCCGUAAUUAGUUCAUUUGAUACCUUACUAUGCGCUACAGCUCGCUCAAGUUAUUCAUAUAAUAUAAGCAAAAGCUUUGCAAACAUAAGUUGUUUCUUUAAUAUCUAAGUAUGUGAAGAAAAAAUUUUUAAUUUCCAAUUUAAUGUUUGGAAUAUGAAAAUUACAUCAAUAACACGCGCACAACUCUUCGUGCAUGGUAAGGGAACUGAACGAUAUUUGCUUAUUUACAUACAUACAUCAUUUACAUUUACUAUGUGCAUAACAAGAAACGUCGUGAUACACAGUUAAUUUUUUGAAUUUUGAUUUAUUUUGAACAAUUUAUUUUAAUUUAUUUUUUUUUUAUGUUAUAUUACAUACAUAGCUGUGUUGGAGAAUGACUUAUAAUACGUUUGCGAAAUUCAUUCACUAUAAAUAUUAUUUAUUUAUGAUUAUACAUACACAUAUUAUAAUAUAUAUUUGAAGUUUUUUCGUAUGGUUUUUAACUUUUGCUUAAUUUAAAAAAUAAAAUGUUUAACAUAAUUUUCAGUUAAACAUUUAUUAAAGUUAAAGAUUUAUUUUUGAAAUUAUUUGUUAAAUUUUUAAUUUUAUGUUUAUGUUUAAUAUACUAAAUUUGUUUUUUUUUAUCUUAAUAUUGUGUUGUAUAACUAAAAUAUUUUGUGCCACAUUUCUAUUUCCAUUAUUGGAUCUGUGUACAAAUAUGCAAAUAUUUAAUAAAACAACAACAACAAAUUAAUUCAAAUUGCAAUGCUGCACUGAUUGUCUUAAAAUUUGGUAAUUUUUAUAAAAAAAAAAUUAAAUAAUUAAAAAAAAUGUUGUUAAAUAAACCUGAGAGUUAAAAGAAUUAUUUAAUUGAGUAAUGACCGCAAAUGUAAUGAACGAUGUGUCAACGAAGCUUUUGGACUGAGUUGCUAAUCAAAAAACAAAAAUAAAAAUAAAUAAAUAAAAUUAUGUACAGUUUUUUUGCCAAUAGCUUAACGGCGUCAGAUUUUAACCAAAUGCGCAAUGGCAUAACGUUAUGUAUGUAUGUAAGUAAACUUAGAUUUAAAGACUAAAAUAAAGAAAAACAAUUUUAGUAUGUGAAAAUGAGUUGUAGAAAUGAAAUACAUUUGUUGUAUAACAAUUGGAGAAAAUAAUUAAUUAAAAUUAAAAAUUAACAAAAAAAUGAGUUAAGCGCAACGCUGUCAAUGCAACGGUAAAAAGUUAUUUAAUGACAAAUUUAUGGGUAAAAAGUUUAAGCAAAAUGUAAUAAUAAAAAAUACACAUACACAUACAUAUACAUAUAUACAUAUAUGUAUGUAUAAUAAUCAUAUAAUGUAAUAUAAAUAUAGGAAAAGUAAAUGAACUGUAAAUUGCAGCAUAACUUGUAAUACAAUAUAAUCAUAAUGAAAAAGAAAAGUAAAUAAGAAAAUGUAGGGAAGGAAUUAUGCAAUUUAGUUAAAUAAUAUUUACCAAUUAAAUAUAAGUAAUAAAAAAUAAAUUAAAUACUAGCGGAAAAAUAAAUAAACAUUUAAUGCAGCAACAUUAAUUUAAUAACUAAUUAUAAUAUAAAAAGCGUAUUUAUGAAAUAUUAAAACAAAAACAAAGGCAAACGCAAACGCAAAAUGAAAACUCUUGAAAUUAAUACGCAAAAAAAUUAAUUUUAGAUUAAGUGUAACCGGCAAACAAUUCACGUUCAGGAAAUGAAAAAUUAAUAGUUCUUUAAUUACAAAAAUAAAUUAAAAUGUACUAAAUGGCAAUUUAUAAGCAGACAAUUAAAUUUAAAUUUAAAUAUUAUUACACUCAUGGUACAGUUCUUUCGAACAAUGCAAAUGUAAAUGAAUAAAACAAAAUACAGUAACAACAACAAAUAAUGAUGGCAUUUAAUUAAUUUACAUAACACAAGUGAGGUGCAUAAAACACAAAACGCAAAGUAUUUAUGAAAUGAACAACAAUUGAAUUUUUAACAAAGAAAUCAAGUCAAAUCUGCAAAGAAAUAAAAUGAAAUCGAAAUCUAAUAAAUAUACGUAAGAAAGAGAGAAAAAGCGAAUACUAGCGUAGAAAUAGGUGAAAUACAGCAAAGGUAAACCAAAUGUGUAUAAUUUCCCGUUAAAUGUGUAUGAAAUGCAUGUUCGUUUGCAACGAACAGAAUUAGAAUGGGCACUUUGGGAACAUUUCUCAAGGUCUAUUAGUAUGCAAAAGCGCUCACACUUUAAGGUGUGCUUUAUGCCUUCUGAGACAACAAUUCGGUUUUACAUGUGUUGGCAGCAGACAGCGGGCAAUCGGUAUUAAUACUAAAAAUGGUGCUUUCCGAGUUUUGUUUUUUUUUUAACAAAAAGUUAAUUGAAUUGUAGUUUAUCUAAAGAGGAAUAUAAAUAAAAGAUUUCAAUAAACUAUAAAACUGAGGUGGCAGUGCACUUAGGUUGGAGAUUGAAAAAGUUCAGUUAAAUCAAGAUUUUCAGAAAUUUGGAUUUUGGAUAUUUCUUAUUUGAAUUUUAAGGCUAUUUUCUUUUACUAGAUUCUCUGAUAUUAAAAUACGAAGGAGAGUACGAAAGCGAAAAUUUCCAUUACUACCAAAGUAAGUUUCCUUGCUUUGCUAAUAGUUUGAUUUUUUUAUUGAAAAUCGCUGAAUUGCGAUAUAUGUCUCCCUAGCGGCACAGAAUUGUUAGCAUUAAAAACAAAGUUGUAGCGCUGGUACCACAAGCGAUUUGAGCGUUUUAAAUAUUAAGAUUCUGUCUUCUUGGUAAUAAUCGUGUACAGCUUGUGUGAAACGAAACCUUGGAAGUUCCGAGCAUAACGAUAAUCAAAUUGGCUCGAUUCAAUCUAACCCAAACAUAAAUUUCUAGAAUCAAUCAUAAACCUUAUUCAAACCCAAAACCCCAGUGCACGGCACCAGAAGCGUCAUUGAUUUCAAAUUCCCAAUUGAUGGCUAAGUUUACCAUAGUAUUCAGUCAGUCAAGAAAUGAUGAGUUUGUGCAACGGGACUUUUGUUAGUAUUUUUUUAUUGGAGAACUUUUAAAGUAUUGGCAUUCCUACUCAGGGUGAAUAACACACACACACAUACACACAAAAUGAAUAAGCCUAUAUAUACUACGCGAAUUAUACAAAAUGAUAUAUAUAAAAAUAUGGAAAAUACGAAAACAGAAAUAAAUGAAAAUAAAAUAAAAACAAAUGUUUCAAGUGUCAACUCACUAAGCGAUGAACGAUUUUUUUCACGAAAUUAGUAAUACAAUUUUUUCACACACGUAUGUACGCAUGUAUAUUUGUGUAUUAUAUGAAAUAAUAAUAAAAACAAAAACAACUUUUACGUGAAAGACUCCCAAAACGCAGCACGUCUACCUAAAACGAUUACUUUUCCAUAAUGCAAAAACAACAAAUAAAAACCAAUAAAUAAAUAUGUAAAAUAAAAUUGAGAAGAAUGCAAACAAGAACACCAAAUUCCAAUACGGUAAAAAGUAAAAUUCUAACGGCAUUACAGAAAUAUAUAUAUAGGAAAUUUAAAGAAUUUUUCCACCUCAGCGAAAUAAAUAUUUGAAACCAAAAAUUUAACUACAACUAAAAAAAAGAAAAAUUAAUUAAGGUAUUCCAUAAAAUAUAGAAAUGCAAUUGAAAAAAAAAACACGUUUUUCAAAAUCUUUUUGAAUUUCUUUUAACGUUUUCUAACCUAACGGUAAAGUUAAAAAAUCAAUUCGUAAUGAAAGUAUGUUUGAAAUGAUUGCAGCAUAAUUCAGAAAAGCCAAAAACAAAAACACAAACAAAAAAAAAAGAAAUCUAUCUAUGCAACAUAGUUAAAUAAUAUUACAAAAGAUAUUAUAAAAAGUAAAUAUACAGUUUAGCGAAAAGUAGUACGGGAUAUAGUGAAAUGAACAAAAUAAUUAAAGGCAGCAUUAUUAUAAAUAAAAUAAUUAACACAUAUACGGACUUGUAAUAUACAUACAUACAUAUAUAUAUAUACUAAAUAAAUAUAUACAUACAUAUUUCUCAGAUGUAACAGUAAACUGUUUCGAAAAUAUGCAAUAAAAUUUCUUGUAAAGGAAAAUCCGCAAAGAUUUUCAGUAUACAUACACAUUUGUUGUUGUCGUUGUUUUUUUCGUUGUUGGAAUAUGACACCAAUUCAUUAAACAUUGAUAAAAAGGCCGAUCUUUUGACUACGUCUUAUAAAGAGAACCCUGCCAGACCUGGACCUGAUGUAUCCCCACAAGAAGGAAUCUAACGAAACAAAAUUCAAAAUGAUUCGUAAGGUUCGUUCCAAAAAAUUGUUGGUUUUAUACGCGCUAUAAUUCGUCAGCGUUCUGGUGAAAUCAAUGAGACAGUUUAAAUUUACUUUAAAUUAUAAAUCCCCAAAGGUUCGGUUAGGUUUGUCUGGUAGGACAACAAGCCACACAUAGACCAGUUUUGGUCUUUGCGAUAACAGUGAGAGAAGUAGUCAUUAUUUAGGAUGCUGGCCUUGACGAAAUUUUAAAAGGUUAUUUGGCUUCACUAUCGAUACCUCUUCCAGAUUCUCAUACUGUCAUGCUCCCGAAUGCUCCAUUGUUUAUCUGGUAUCUUGAUUUCGACAUAUCCUGCUGUCAUCUUGAUCCGUCAGCCCCAUCUAAUAGGCAUGUGCCUGACACCAGUCAGUGGUCUGUGAAUAUUUCAAUCACACUCCUACAGUCCCUUCUAUCGAGGGACAGUAGGAAUUUUGUGUAUUUCUGGUCUACCGCUAUACACAUGGCUUUAGCGGUUUUACAACCCGGUAUAUUUUCCAACGCGUUCUGAUUUUCCUUAUCAUGCUUCUGUCCAGAUCAUCGUAAAGACAGUGCAUGGGUUUGCCAAUGUCGGUCACGUUUCCGGAUCAACCGUUAUCCACCACCACUCUUAGUAAUCUCGUCCACAAUCUCGUUGCCCUCAAUGCCUUUAUGCCCUGGCACCCAGUAAAAGUGUAUCCACUUUUUCCUGGCAACACUCUCUUCUACCACCCUGGUAUCGAAAACCCUUUUCUGCCAAAAUGCGAACAGAUGAUUGCUGCUUGACUGUCUACGUAGACGUUAACUCUAGAUUAUCGGGUUGGUGCUUUGAGGGCUAGCUCUGGGGCUUUCCCCAAUAGCAAACACCUCCGCUUGAAAUAUACUUCAGUGGUUCCCAAGGUUGAACGGCUGCCUUACACCUAACUUCGGACAGUAUAUCCCCGCACCUACCCCGUCCCCCAUUUUCGAGUCAUCCGUAUAGAUGUUUAAUGUGUUGCAUGAAGCUGUCAUUCAUUCACGCGAGCCAUAUUUUUCUAGGUUUACUCGGAAUCUUCAUUCCCAGUUGUUGCAUGGGGUAAAAACUCUGUAUCAAUAAAUUGCGUAAAUAUUCGCAGCUCUCUAUUAAAUUUGAAUGAAUUGCUUCUCUCCUUUAGCCAAUCGAAGUUGGCAUGAGGUUUUCCCAAUGAUCUCAUGCGGUUGUAGUAGUCUAUUGAUUGAUUGCCUUUGAAGUCGUACUUCUGGUGAACCAAAGACAAUGGCCUCCCCUUCGAUGGGAUGAUCAGGCACUGAACUGUAUACUGGAACGUGUCGCGAUUUAUAUUCAGUCAAGAUGUGUAACCUCAGCAAAAUUGUUUAGGCUAUUCGAGCAAUCUAUUGCUUAAACAACCGAAUGAGCGGGAGUAUUGCAGGUAUUGUAGAGUGUUCUUUCAUUGUCGAUGGUACUUUAC